AAAGAUUUUAGUUUCGAAUUUCAAGUCCGGAGGGCUAUCUAUCUAUCUGUAUCCGCGAUAUUAACCGCUCUCGAGGCCCAUUAUCAUUCAUUUGCUCUGCGUUGGGAGCUGUCGUUGUCGUCUCUCUCUCUCUCUCUCAAUUACGCUCACCGUUCUCCUUGCCCAAGAUCGUUUUAAUCGCAACUGAAUUUGUAGUGUCGGAUUAAGCUUUCUAACGGUUGUGAUUGCAAGAAUUUGAAUAAACUUAAUCUAAUUUUCUAUCUAAUCUACGAAUUAAAAUGGCCAUUGGUAAGCAGAACGAAUCUUCGAACAAUCGGGAGAGAGAUGGCGUUGAGGAUUCCAUCGGCGGUCAUCUGGUUGAAGGAACUGAGUCGGUUGGAACUCCGGUGGAAUCAGGACAGAGUUCAGGUACCAACCGGGGCCGCCCUAGGCUUGCGGAGAGGCUGACGGAGAUCUUGGUGAACGACAACGACGGAGAUCUAUUGCUUCAACGGUGCGAUCAAGGUUACAGUGUUUCGCAGUGGCUCCAGGCUAUGGAUAUGCAGGUGAUGGGCGCAUGCCGUGCUGAUGAGAGGCUGAAGCCUUUGUUGAAGAUGAAUGUCUCUGCUGGCGCAGCUGAGGAUUGCUUACUCGCUUAUCUUAGUCAGCACUUUGAACCAGCAGAGGUUGGGAAGCUGGCCAGAUGCUUGUGCAUUCCACUGGUAUCAGUGCGUGUUGGAAAGAUCAAGAAGCAAGGAAAACUGUUGUGUCCUACCUCGAUAAGACGUACCUAACCAUCUCAUGAUGGAUACUGCAUGCUGGAUUCUAUCUUAGACCACUGCGUCUUGAAAUGUGACUCUGUUCACAGCUAGGUGGUGCAUAUUGACACAGUCAAGAUACCGUUGAGGGGAAACUUAACUCUCUCUCUUUUACCAACUUCCGACAUGCGGAUCUCAUUCAUCGGGGACGAUGGUAGCACAGAUACACUGGCAACACUUUGCAGCACAUUGGAUUGCUCCACUGUUGAGAUUGAGGGAAUCCCUGCAGACCAGACUGGACGUUCUUUUAAGCUCACAAUCGCAGGUGGUUUGAAUAUGUAUUUCUGGUGCUCAGAGAAGUCUAAGCUUCUUGGGGAUGAAAUGCUAAGAAAGAUGAAGGAUUUACUAGAAACAAAACCAUCUCUUGCCGAGCUUACAGGAGUAUGCGAGUCACGGCUCAAGUGCUUUGCAUUUCAUCUCCGAGCCCACCUCGUUGGGUCAACGACUCUCACAUUUGAUUCCGCAGUUGAUGAUUCUUCUGUGCCUGACCAGAAGCCUAUCCGGGCCCGUCAUGGAGGUCUGAGUGCCAGGUCAGGUUCCUUCAAGGAGAGCUUACUCAGGAACUCAUUGAGGAGUGGUGCAAGGGAGAAGCUCAGGAGGCGUGGAGAUAGUAUUGUCCAGCCUCCUAAGGAGGAGGAGAAGCCAUCUUCAGAACAUGCUACAUUUCAGUUGUUACACCUGGACCCGCCAUUUAUUACCUCAGGACUCACAAUUCCUUCUUUGGGUUCUCCUUAUUAUUGUUGGUGCCCUCCCGCAUCAGCCUUGCAAUAUUCACUAGGAACUCCACAACUCCCAAUUUUAUCCAGUGAAGCUCUCUCCCUUCCUGUGAUUUCCUCACUAUCACCUGCCCCGUUGAAUUUUUCCAUAGCGUCUUCCCUAGAAGAGUUUCCUCCGCUUCUGCCCGACCCUUUACUCAGAUUGCCAUUGAGUUUGCCAACUUCGCAGCAGAUCCCGACCUUUACUCCCUUAAUGUGUGACCCUAUAGUCCACAUCCCAUUCAUUGAUGUAUGCUCCUCAGGGGGGCAGGGAUAUUUGGUGAGUGCAGGCCCAGGUAUGUCGACUGCCCUCCCACCGUUGAUUCCUGAGGCAGAGUCCAUGGCGGAGAAGAGUGCAAGAGAAACGCUCCGUAUGCUCAUCAAUAGCUCCAAUCAAUCGAAUUCAUCUUCGUUGAUGAAUGUUCUGCCUUCUUUUCUGCCUGUUAAGGAAGACAAGGAGCUAAACACGCUUACUGGCGGGAGUAGGGGUUUGUAUAGUGGAACCGUAGACAUAGGUAUGAGAGAGAUUGGUGGCGGGAAGUUUGUGUUUGGGCAGAUGACAGAUGAUGAUGAUGAUGAAACUUCAGGAAAUGGGGAGAGAGUGAUACAGGCGCAUGAUAAUAGGUUGUAGAUUAAGGUUUUGUUGUUUUUUUGGAACUGUACAGUCACCACCUCAUUUCAAUAUUUCAAGUAAUUGUUAUUAUCGCCAAUUAAUUAAUUCAUCUUCAAUGCCA